AUGGCCCGAAAGUUUGCCCCUGAUUGGUCUAGGGCAAUAUGGAGUCCAUCCAUUAACUCGUUCAAAAUACGAACUCUGCUCGCCGGUGUCUCUUUUCAUGUCGCUGACCGUUGCACUAAACAAACAGAAAGACAUUUAUGGAUUUUAUUCGUUCUUUUGCACUCGCCGGAUGUUAAUCACUUUACACCGAGUCACAUCUACCUAGCGAGCUCGCUGUCUACCUGUUAUAUUAAAAUCUAUCUAUCUAUCAAUCUAUCUAUCUAUCUCAAUCUGUUCGUAUCUAUCUAUAUAUCUAUUUAUCUAUCGCAGUUUUUUUUUUUUUCAUAUAUAUCUACAAUAUUCGGUAGCAUUUUUUCUAGCUAUCAGUUUCUCAAAAAAUCUUCACGUAUCUAUCUAUCUAUCUCAGUCUAUUGGUAUCUAUCUAUCUAUCUAUCUAUCUAUCUAUCUAUCUAUCUCAGUCUAUUUGUAUCUAUCUAUUUAUCUCAGUCUAUUUGUAUCUAUCUAUCUAUCUAUCUCAGUCUGUUCGUAUCUAUCUAUCUCUGUCUUGUUGCUACCUGUUACAUCCGAUGUGCAGCCAGUUCAAGCUUGAACACUCCAACUCGCCACCAAAACGGGGGUAGCCCGGGUCAAAGUUCGGAGAUGCUUUGCCUGCAAGGUUUUUUUUUCGGCCGUUUCGUCUUGCGCGCGACUUGCAAGAUCUACAUUGAUAUUAGCACCGGACGGGAAAGCCGGAACAGGGUGGCUGCGUUCAACGACUGA